GGAAGUGGCAAGAAGAAGGGAGCGUUCGCAUGCGCGGUUUGUAGUGUCUAGUACCACCCGCCCUAGUAGGGUGGUAGGCAGAUGUGGCACGUGGGGUGUCCUGUACGGAGUUCGUUGACGAUGUGACGACCCCGGGCGACAUUGGGACAGACGUUAGAGGGCGAGGAUGUCGGUCCCGCGGCUGAUGCUGUCAUCCUUGGCCGGCGCUGGUCGCUUUUGCGUUUUGGGGUCCGGAGCGGCGAGGUGGAAGAGCGUCCGGGCGCGGAACCGCCGUGCCUUGUCCGACCUCCACCCGCAGCUGUCGCCCAGCCAGGGUUUCAGAGACUCGCCCUCGUGGCUGCCCAAGAACCGCUCAGAGCCCCGGAGUUACAUAACCAAUCCGAAACUCGCCACGACCUUGGUGCAGAUACUGCAGAAAGAGAACAGAAACUGUCACCAGCUCUUCCUGGAGUGCAAUCCAGGUCCUGGAAUCCUGACCCAAGCAUUACUUGAAAGCCAGGCCAAAGUGAUUGCCCUUGAGUGUAACAGAACUUUUCUUCCACAUUUGCAGUCGCUGCGAAAAAAGGUGAAUAGAAAACUAGAAGUGGUCCACUGUGACUUCUUUAAACUGGAUCCUAGAAAUUCUGGAAUAGUAAAACCUCCCAUUAUGCUUUCAGAAACACUUUUUCAGAAUUUGGGAAUAGAAGCACUUCCUUGGUCAGAAGAUAACCCAUUAAGAGUAGUUGGAAUCUUCCCAGCUAAAAAUGAGAAAAAGAUACUUUGGAAACUUUUGUAUGACCUGUAUUCUUCUACUUCUAUAUACAGUUAUGGACGAGUACAGCUAAAUAUGUUUAUUGCUGAGAAGGAAUACGAGAAACUGGUGGCAGAUCCCCAAAAUAACCUGUAUCAACCAUUAAGUGUGCUCUGGCAAGUAGCUUGUGAGAUAAAGCUUCUGCAUGUGGAGCCUUGGUCCUCAUUCAGUGUAUAUAACCAAGUUGGGGGACCAAAAAAGUCGAAGAAUAAGGAAACAUUAGAACAAAUAAAUAAACAAAACAUGUGUUUUAUUCAGUUGACUCCUCUUCAGAAUUUAUUUACAGAAAAUUUAACAUCUGUUAAUUAUGACAUAUUUUUUCACAUGUUAAAGCAGUGUUUUAUGAAGCGCCAAGCCACGCUCAUGGACCAUUUACAGUCAUUGAGUCCAGUUAAUGCAGUAGCUAUACUGAAGGAAAUAGAGAAAGAUGGAGACAUGAAAAUAACAGAUCUGUACCCCGAAGACUUUAAACUGCUUUUUGAAACUAUAGAGUCUUUCAGAGAAUCUUGUAGGUGGCUCUUUGAUGACUGCAUAGAAGACAUAAUCUUGUAGGGAACUGGAUUGCCCACAUACUGGCGAGACCUGCUUAUUUAUUUGGAAAUUAUGGCACCAGUGGAAGAGAACUGGGUUUGUAAAGCUUGCAGGCUUUUAGCAGAAGAUAACUGCUCUUGUUUGGCAGAGUGGGCAGAUAAUUUCUUCUGAAGUUGAUACCUUCAGUAUAUUGGAUGAAACAACGACUGCUAUUUUAUUCACAAAAAAUAAAAUGAACACCGUAUUA